AUGACUUGUCCCUUUAUAUUACCGAUUAUGUCGAGUUUUUUCGUGAUUCCUACCGUGCGCUGUGUGCAGAAAGUGAAGUAAGACUAGCGCGGCAUAUUUUAGAUUAAAAUUAGUGCUCCUGUGGUGUGGCUGCGUGCAUUUUGGACGCGAGAAAUCCCGCACGAAGUUGGAAAGAAAUGGGAAACAUUAAGCAUAUUUAUUAGUGCUGGAGUGGUUUGGAGCUGUCGGUUUAGAACCGACGGACAAACAUCCUAUCACCACAUACCAUAGUGAUACCCUGAGGCGUUUGUAAGCUCUCUGGGUAGUUAUGUGAUUUGUAGUUGUCAUGGCGGCUGAUAGUGAUGGUGAUCUGAUCGAGACGGUGGUAACGUGUGUGGGUGACCUAGAAGAUCCUGAGUUUCCACACAAGUUUAAAAUUAUUGUCGAUCGACUUAAAUCUUUGCUUUGCAAAGAUAAAGGGAAUGGUUUAAGAGUAAACAAAGUAGAGCCAUGGAAUUCUGUCAGAGUCACAUUUUCAAUACCCAGAGAAGCUGCAUUACGUCUUAGAGAAUUAGCAGCUCAGGCUUCUCCGACGCUUACACAGCUUGGAAUUCUUUCAGUGCAGGUUGAAGGAGAUCAGGUAAUAUCAUUGAGGAUAGCCAAUCGCUUUAGUGGAGAAGCACAAGAAAUUGUGUUACAUUCAGGACCCUCGCAAGAAAGUGGUGCCAAAUCUCAAAAUGAACCCACUAGCAAUACAACUAAUGUUGACAGUGAUCCUCAGACAGCUUUACCUGGUCCAAGUAAUACAUCUAGCAUUUCUUCAGCAUUACGUAAUGUGGCUCAAAUAAUAGCAGCUGGUACAUCAUCAGAGAAAACUCCACAAUUUCGCUCUCCAAAUGUAGUUGCACCUACGGACUGUGAUCCCAUCCCAUCGUUUCUUACAAAAUCUGUACAGUCGACAUCAGGCAAUAGCAAUGUUGGUGCCUCUGGAAAUCAACCAGUAACUAAUUCUAGCACUUCGCCCAGGAGUAAUUAUAAUGGUCCAUUCCCAUUUGCCAGUAUGACACAUGCUGCCCAAGCAAUACAUAGUCGCGAAUCACAAGCAACUACAAUUAAAAAUGCUAUCCAAUUUAAGCAUCAUGUACAGCCACCUCCGCCUUAUCCUGCUCAAGAGAAUUUGGCGACAGUAACAACAUUAACAACUGGCCAUACUACUACUCAAUCAGUUGCAUCGGUUGGUCAGUUGACGAAUCAGUACAAGUCAUCGAUUACCACCACAUCUAGUCUGUCACCAAACAAUAACAAGCUGACAGGAAAUUCAAAUGGUAAUGGAAAUCAAGUUGCUCUCUCCAGUCCACUUCUUGUAAAUCUUUUACAAAAUGAUGCUGGCGCACAUCCGAACAAUGUGAUACCUGGCCAGAAAAUGUUGCCACCAGCUGUUAUUGAUAGUUCUGGAAUUACUAAUCGUAUGAGACCUACUAAAAAACCAACAGUUAGAAGGAAAGAUUUAACUUCACCUAGUGAAUCUCCACCAAAUUUAGACUCGCUUAGGACAGAAGACCUCAUUGGAGGGACAUCAGUCAUUCCUGAUCUAUCUCAAUCUUCUACGUCUGCAUUUGCAACUGUUAAUGUUAAUCAACCUUCGACUAUUCCUCAACAACUUCCGAUCAAUGUAAUUGGUGGAACUGGGCAAACUAUGACACAACAAAUAGUUCAUCAAACCUCUACUAGUGGACAAAUACAACAGUCUGCAUCUUCGUUGCAUGCUCAAGUACAAAUACAACAAAAGUUUCCCAUUAGACAAGAAUUGGCUUACAGGCCUUCACAAGUACAAUUGCAAGGUCAACUUCCGAUCAGGCAUCCGGUUAAUGGACAACAAAUUCGAACACCUUUGCAGCAACGACAACUGUUACUUCAACAACAACAACAGCAUCAAGUUUUAACUCAGCAACAACAGAACAUAAAUACUUCGCAAUUGCUUACACAACAAGCUUCAACGCAGCAGCAACCUUUGGUACAGCAACAAACUGUAAAUACAUCGUUACAAUCUACAUCAGUUUCCAAUCCACCACUUCUACAACAGCAACAAUUAAUGCAGCACUCUACGGUAAACAUUAAUGUUCCACAACAACGGCUAAGUUACUUAAAUAAUCAACGGCAACAAACUCCUCCUCCUUAUUCGCGACAACCGGUUCCACCGCAGUCUCAUUUAGGACAGCAAAAUCAAGCUUUGAACGUGCAACAACAAUUACAUCAUAAUCAACUUAAAAACAUGAAUGUUAAUACCAGUAAUACGACCGAUUUCCGAUAUGGACAAAGUCAAAAUAUUCUCAGUAGAAAUUAUCAGGCUGCACCAAGUAAUGCUAAUGGGACCACGUGGAACGCACAAAAUACUUCUAUUCCACAAGGUGCUCAAGUCAAUACUACACGUCUGCCAACUACAAAUCAGGUUUCAGGUGCCUUUUCUCAAUGUGGAUCUCAUCCUAAUCACGUUUCUACCAAUAAUGUCGCUUCGCCUGUUACCAAGGUCGAACCAUCGCAAUCUCCUAAACACGAAGAAGAGACACCUGAACCAGAAUAUACGUCAACUGGUAAAAUACGACAGUUUCUCAUUAACCCUCUAACCGGGCAUCUGGAACCAAUGCCUAGUGAGAGUUCAGAUUCGGAACCGGAAAGUGCGGUAGAUAACCAAGAUGAUUUCUUUUCCUUUCCAUCCCCAUCGAAUGACCGAUCAAAUUCCAUAUUUUCUGACGACGAUGCAGACAGUAAUUUCUCAAGAAGAAAUGAUACAACAACAAAUACAGAUCAAUCAGAUUCCGAAACCACAGUGAAAUCUACCGCCAGUGAAGGAAGUUUAAAACACAGUAGAAUAAAAUCCAAUAGAGACACUACGCAAAGUCCAAUGCCUGGAGAAAAAAUCAAACUAAGACUAAAGUUGGAAAAAUCUGAACCUGUUACACCAGCUUAUAAAGUUGAUGUUUCUUUUGUAAACACGCCACCAAUUAGAAAAGCCGAUAAAUCAGUAAAUAAAAUGUUUACCGCUGGUAUUCCCAAUUCUGGAACCGGCGAUGAACCAAGAGUGCCUCCAUUACACAUUUCCUUAAGAGGACGUAAUGCUUCGGUAGUACAAAUCAGAAAAAAGGAAAAGAAAUCAUUAAAGGAUGGCGAAUCUGAUCCAAGUAGUGUAAAACGGCGAGGCAAGCUAAAGAAAAUGAAGGAGUGUAUAGACGGGAACAAAUUAUUGCAAAAAAGGUCAUCUUUAAGUAUGAUUAUAGGUACAUCAUCUGCAUCCAAAUUACCUUUAUCCAAUUCUACAAUUAUCAACAACAGCACUAAUGCUAUUAGCAAAGUCAACAAUCUACUCCAAACUGUUGUGUCGAAACCUAAUGCCUUAAAACAAGAAUUACCGGUAGAUGUACGCGUUCAAACCGGAAUUACAAAACCAAGUUCAAGUAAAAACAGUGAUGUCGAUGAUAUUCCAUUAAACAGUAGAAUACCAUCUCCUUCAAAACAUAAGUCUACUGUUUUAAAUCAACCUUUAAAUACGCAACAAUCUUUAACAAAAAAUCAAGUUGAACUAGAUGUCCAAAACCAUAUGCAAGAGCAUAAAAUAGGAGGAGGUAAAACCAAAAGAAGAGACUCUAAAAAGAAAUCAGAGUCAGGAGAUGGUUUACAUCGUGAACAAAAUUUGUUAUCCGGUGGUAGAAUUUUGGAUAAUCAAGCAAAAUGGAGAAAACUUAAUUACAAGGGCGAUUCAAACCAAUCGUUAAGGAAAACCGACGUUCUUUUGGCUGGAAAUGAUUUCAAUGCAGUCAAGAAAGUGGGGGAAAUUAGAAGAACGAGCGAUAGCGACAUUAAUAGAUCAGCAAUUGAAAAGAAUAAUACCUUGAAUGCCAUUGCUUCUAGAUUAACAGAAGUAAAUGGCGUAAAAAAGGAUCUAAUUAGUCAAGAGAAAAGAAGAAGAUUAAGUUUAAUAGAUGAAAAAGAUCUGCACUUAGGAGAAUCUCAAGAUGCAGAGGCCACACACUUUAGUAGUCAGAAGACUGUUCCGGAAUGUUCUUCUGCUAAUGCUGUUUCAAAUAUAAAUACAAAACCUGUCAACAAACCAUCAUUUGAGAAUGAAAACUCUGGAUUAAUACCUUCAAGUAUGCCUACGCAAAAUGAUUCGAAUUUAUCUACCAAUCUUGAAAAUAAGGUAUCUGCACAUGUAGAAACUGCUGUAAAAACUGCACAGUCAUCUGUAAAUAGGAUUAUUUCUGGGAAAAGUAAGACAGAUACAGAUACUUGUAAGACAAAUUCUAGCAUGGUAACAAAAAAUCAAAGUAUUGGUCAAAAAUUAAAAAACCAUAUGGUUUUAAAAAGUGAUACGCAUGCUGCAAUCAACAGGCAUAGUAAAAUAGAUCAUUUUGGACACAAAAGAGUGAUUCAAAAUCAUAUGAAACAAGUUGAUAGAUCUGCAGCAGAGAACAAGGUGGAUAGUACGCAAAGAAUUAGUUUGUUGAAAACUACACAAGCUUCGGUAAUAGGAAACUCAAUGGACCAAGUUCCCAGAUCCCAAAACAUUGAUUUACCUAUCAACAAACCAACUUUACCAAUUGGAGAAAUUAAUGUAACAGAAGCAAAAGUUAAACAAAAGUUGCUUGAAACUACUGUUCCAAUUGCAAUUGGUGUAGAUGCAAGCACAGAAAGAGUUAGUAGCGGAGGAGGUGGUGAAGAUUCAGGCAUCGAGUCGAUGGAUGCUCUUUCAGAGAAGUCACCAAACCAAGGAGAAUCUCCUUUGCACAGGCCAGCAACCGAAUCAGUAACGCAAAGCAGCACAAAGGCUGCUGUUCAAGGGGAAUCUUCCCUAUCAACCACCAAUAAGAACGUGCCUUCCUCAACUAGUAGUAGUGAUAUGUGUUCAAAUUCCCAUUCGGAACUUCUGAAGUCCAGUGGCCCACAAAGGUUAAGUCCUGUAUCCGUAGCAAGUUAUCUUGAAAAUCAUAUAAGUCGCAAUAUAUCAAACUCCAGUGAACAUGAUACAAAAGAUAUACCUAGUGAAAAAUCUACUUCAUCAACAUCAAGAACUGGUGGUCAUAGUGACUUGGUUGCUAGUUUAGAAGUGACUGAUAAUGAUAAAAGUGUAUCCAGUCCUCUGGUGACAGGAUCAGUGACUAUUGUGACAACUCCUGUACCCGGUAAUGUGGAUAGUGAUAAUUUAUUGCAAUGCGCGCAGCAGCAAACAAAUGACUUUUCUGAGAAAGACAAUUGUAGCAUUAAGUUAGAAGGUUCUAUUAAUCAGCAUGAUCAGGGUAAGACAAAUAUUAAACACGAAGUGUCACAUGCCCCCGAGAGUGCAUUCGAAGACAAUGUAAAAACAGUCAUAGAUGGUAACAGUGCAAUUAGGUUAAGCAACGAACCUCAUGGACAAAAUAAUAAUGGUGUGCCUGUAAUACAAAAUCAUGUUGCUUAUAGUAAUGUAAAGACAGAAAAACUUGAUAAUACAGUUACAAACGAGGCUAGCACAGUGACAGACAAUUCAUGUUCCAAUAGUCAGAGUUUUGGUUCUGAAAUCAAAGUAGAAUCUAAAGUAAAUACAAAAGUUGAUGAUACAAGGCAAAAUGAUCGGUCAGAUACUUCAAAAAGCUCUAGCAUUUCUUUAAGCACAACAACCAUUAAGUUAGAACAAUGUUCCGAUCAAAACCAAAAAUCUAAUGUACAAAGUCAUCAACAAAUAUCAGUUAGAGAGCCUUCUAUGAAUCUUCAAAAAGUUACAGACGAUUUGGUUAAGAAAAUUGUAAAUGAUGCAAGUGAUAUAAGUAUAGGUAUUCAAUCACCCCUGGGUGAAGAUCCUCAGCCGAUUAGAAUUACCCCACCAUUGUAUACAUACUCUAAUUCGGUAGUUUUACAACGAGACGAGACUCCAAGCCCAGCAGCACAAAAUCCAGAAGUGGAUUCUAGUGACGUGGAACAUGUUAAAAGGAAGCGCAGAAGAAAACAGGAACUAGAGGGACGGCAGGAUGUCAUAUGUAUAGAAGAUAAUGACGAAGCACAAUUUGUGGAAAGGUUGAACUCUAACAAUUCAGAUGACUAUGUUAAACGACCACCAAAAUCAUUGUUGGAACAACUUCUAAUAGAAAUUCCAAAUGACACUAAUGAGAAAAGAUCUUUAAGAACAAGAUCUCAAAAAUUAAACAGUCCUGAUAUUGUGAAGACUCCAAAAAGUAGUCCUCAUGGUCCUAAUAAAUUAGAAGAAAGACGCAGCAUAUCACCAUAUGCUAAAGCAAGCCCUAAGUUAGGAGUGUCAAAAUUAUCUCCUAAUACGACAAUAAAAGUCGGGAAAAGAAAACGCCAAGAAAGCGAAAGUUCUGUAGCAUCUAGUACUGCUGAUGAUCCACAACCAAGACCAGGAAAACGGAAAUGUUCCGAGAACGCCGCAGAACUUAUUAAAGCUUGCAUGGGUGUAGAUGAAACUGGUUCUUUAAAGAAACAAGUACCUGUCAAAGAAGAACAGUCGAAAAAAGGAUUCAGCAUAUUGGCCAAGGCCAAGAAAGGUCCCAUUGUGGUAGAAGUAGAUUCGUCUGAUGAUGAACCAUUGAUUGAAUCUGUAGGAAAAGCAAGAAUGCGAUUAUCAGACGAAACAUCCGCUGCAUCUCCAAAGUCUAAAGAUCAAAAAACAAAUACAAGCACAACUGUUUCUGGCAGUCAAAUUAAUUCCAGUAAUAUAUCAAAUUUCAAUGCCAGUAAUAGAGUGCAAAGAGAGAGCCGUUUAUUAACAACCAAGCAACCAAGUACAACCGCGGUAGUUACUGCUGGAAAGGAAAGGCUGCGAGGUACUUCCGCAUCCAGUAACGAAUCCUUAGGAGAGGUAACAACAAGAAGGUCUGUGCGACAGAAUACAGCAUCGCCACUAGCAACACCAGCGAGCAAUACAAGGGGUGCAACUAGAUCUACAGAAGAUAUUACUAGACGGAAAACUCGAAGUGGUGCUGCGGGAACAUUGUUUUAGUAACAGCUGAGGCAGCAGAGCAGGCAAAACGGAGGCGAAUAUCCCGAGAAAACAAAUGACCUUCGGGAAGUGACCUUGACAGUGAUUAGCUACCGUCGCUCGUCAAGGCAUGUCCGACUGAUUAUGUAUCUGUUAUAAAUGGUUAUGUGAUCGCCGUGUGGCUGGACCCCACCUGGUGAAACUGUUUGCGUCAAUAGCGCACAAUGCUGAUGUACAUGUAGCAGGAGUAUCGUGUUUAGAGUGCUGGAUGGUAUUCAAAUUUUUUGUUACAAUAGAACAUACGUUGGAUUUCAUUGAAUUAAGCGUGUACAUGUUAUAUUCCAUAAUAUUAUCACGAGAAUAUUAGAAACGAAUUUCUAGACACUUAGGAUACCACAAUUGUUAUGUUUUUAAAUGUUUAAGUAGCUUGUCGAAAAAGUAAAAAAUAAAAAUAACUUUACUAUUUUUUUGGCCGUCUAGCGUUCUCAAUUACACUGUACUCCUAAACAGCAAAGUUUAGUUACUCAGAAUAAUCUGCUCAAUGCAUAAAACUUUAAACUAAGUAACUGAACUGAUCUAAAACUGCCGAGUCGAUGUGUAACUUUCUUUUGCCAAACUUUUGUGACCCUGUAUUUAAGUUUUAAACAAAAUCUAAAUGAACGUCAUUUAAUGGUAAAUUUAUUAAAUAUUCCGUUACAUGAUCAGUAUCUUCAAAAUAUUUGAAUCGACAGUGUAAUGUUAUUAGACUCCAAUUACAGUAAACAUUUAAUAUUUGUAUUAUUUAGUUAAAACCAAAAAAAGAUUCGUGUGGUAUACAAAUCAAUUUACAUUUGCAGGAUGUAUCAUUUAUUCGAUAUUGUUAUUAGGGAUUGCUAAUACAGGUUAAUAAUGGUAAAAGAAAGUCGAAAUUUAUAAUGCAUUAAACAUAAAAUCUGACUGUACUGCCGUAAAUAAUGUACAUUUCUCAAAAACAAAUUUCAUUAACUGGUGGGGCUGAAGUCGCUACUCUGACAACUUCACUGAUAGACUUUGUUUGAAAAUAUUAGUUUAUAUUUGGAAUUUAUUUUAAUCAAUUUAUUACAUAAAUAUUUUUACACGUAAAUAAUUAUAUGCGAAUGGAAAGACUCUAUAAUAAUUACAUACACUAUUCAUCAUUAACCUAAACAGUACAUUCUCUUUGCGGAUAUAAAUCGAAAUACUUCUUCGAUCCAUGUAUAUUCAUAACAAAGACUUCUCAAAAAUAUUUGUAGGACAAUCGUACUUUUUUAUAUAUUUACACAAUGAAACUCGCAUCUAUUCAAAAAACUUUACUUAUGAUACCCUAUAAUUGAUGAUUUUAUUGAAUUUGAUAAAAAUUAUGUCGUUUAUAGUACUACAAGAUCUCUAUUUUUCUUGUCCCAGUGAACAUGGUCUUUCAGUGGGAAGUUCGUCUUGAGUUACAAUAUUGCAGAGAGCAAAGGAUAUAUGGUUAUUAAAAAAGGAUUUAUUUUAUUUAUGAAACAUAAACAGAACGUUGGGAUAAAUCGAGCAUAAAUAUAUGAAAAUAAUAGGAAUAAUUAUUAUAGAAAAACGAUUAAUACAAUGUUAAUUUGAUAGGUAAUAUAUGAAUGAAUAUAUUUUGUAAAUAAUUUCUUGUAAAGAUACGUAAAACACCCCUCGUUGUAAAUAUAAGAACUGUUUAAAUUUUUAUUAAAUUAAUUAUUCAAAUUGUGCAACUUCGUCAUACUAUUAAUUAAUCUUCGUGAUUGUGCACUGAAAACUCAAGUAGCACCUUUUUGGCAACACUUAAAAAAUAUGAGGAUGUGUAUACAUACGUACAUAUAAUAUUGUAUAUGUAUGUAUGUAUGUGAUGUAUAUGAACUAUUGUUUUUGUGAACAGAUAAUCUAGUUUUAUAUUGUAUAAAUGUAAAUUAUACGAUUGAGAGUAGGAAGUUCUUCGUGAGCCUAUGAUAGCCAUCAUAGCACUUCUUUAUAUUGAAAACUUGCAUUUAAAAAAUUUUACUGCUAAUUUACAUUAAUUUUUCUCUAAUUCUGUUGCGUACCUUCCACUAUUUUCGUUAAGUAAAAGAUGUAUUUGCAAAUUAAUUAUAAAAAAAAAAUAUUAUUACGAUUGUUUUAUAUUUAAUUCUUUUCUAUGACAUAGAAUCUUGUUAAAAUUAUAUCGC